CUGGCGCAACCUUUCAGUCAUGUGACCACAGAGUGCUGAUUUGCUCUGACACAUGAUGGCGGAAGCUGGCAUAGAUGUCGUUGCCCGUGUUGUUCUUCAGCAGUGUGUUUACGCCAGGCUACAAGUGAAACCUCCCUCCUUGGACAGCGAGGCAGAAUGGGUGGAGAUCAAGAAAGGCAUGAUUAUUUAUCUUUGUUUCUUCAAAGGAGCAGACAGCACUGUUAUUCCUAAAAUGGUGAACUCCUUGCUGAAUGUGAAGCUAAGUGAGACCGAUGCUGGCAAGCAUGUUUCAAUCAAGGACCUCCCAGGAGAUGUCCUCAUUGUCCCUCAGGCCACACUUGGUGGAAAGGUGAAAAGCCAUGGUAUGCAGUACCAUUCAAAUGCUGGGAAGGAGCUGGGCAUGGAAUUGUAUACCCAGUUCGUAACUCAGUGCCAACAAGAACUGGUGGCUCAUGCUCCAUGGGUGGAGUCUGGAUCUGUCUUACGGUUUGGAACAUAUGGAAACAGACAGGUUCUGAAGAUUGACACAAAUGGACCUUACACACACCUAUUGGAGUUCUGACCAUCUUUCAUUGCAUUCCAUUAAACUUUUAAUCCUAAUUCAUUCACUUCUUUCAACUUGAAGGGUGACAUUAUAUAUUUAUUGUCUAUAUCAUGUUUUUGGCAUAACUGCUUUGUCAUUUGAACCUUUGCAAAUAAAUAAAGUUUUUUCACAUAAAGGCACAUAACAAAAUUCACCUCAAUACCAUGCUACCUCUUCUAGUUAAAGGGGCACUAUAAGCAGUGUAACCCCUACAGCCCGCUAUAGUGGUAAUGGUGUAAGGAGCUCCAUUGACACCAUCGCACAGUAAGGAGUCAAACCAUUAGGUACCUGUAUGCCCUUUGAUUGUGAUAUACCUAAAGUGCAAGUUCCACUUCUGCAAAUUAUGUAGCAAUUUGUCCAUAUUUGGACUUCGUUCAUUGACUGGGAAUGUCAGCUGAUGCUCUCUACCAAUAAAUCACUGCUGGAAUUGAUAUUGGAAGGGAACUUCCUCUUUAAAGGGGCACUCCACUGCCAGAAUAAAAAAAGAUUUAGUAGCUAUACCCCCAAUAAAACAUGCUUGCAUCUAAUUGUGCAUUUUUCCCAUUGAGGGUAUAUCAAAACAGCUUUCAAAAGCUGCAGAUCUCUUGUCUGCAACCUUUGCAAGCCCUCCCCUUCUACCCCCGCCCAGACUUUCUGUGACUGUCCAAUCACAGACUUCCCAGUGCAGCUCAAUGAGAACGCUUUGCAAGGCAGGUGCUCUGGGCAAUUAAAGU